AUGGAUUUCGAGACAAUGGAAAAAGCAAUGUACGGGGACGUGGAAGACGACGAGGAGCUGAUGGCCGAGCUGCUGGCGCUGGAGGCCGAAGAACGAGCGGCCGGACGGAUAACCGCUGCUGCAGAGCCUCAACAAAAUAGCGCAUCAUCAGCCGGUUUGUGCAUUUGUUAG